AAUUAUUUGAAAAUUUAUUCUCAUUGGUUUGUUAAUUGGAGUCUUUAUUGCUGUCAUCAUCUUCUAUUCAUACAGUAAAUAAGAUGUGCCUUGACUACCAGGCAUGAUAGAAAUUUUACAUACUAGUCCAAAGUGGAAAAUCAGUGUGUGUGUUUUUAGUAAUUCUUGGUUUGGUGUGUUUGAGUGCUCAUUGUUACAAUUAAACAGCAAACGCUCAGUGACAUUUUUAACUGUGCAUGGUAGAAAGCAAAUACUGACCUCAUCUCUUCCAUUUCUCUGUCUUUCACAGUGUUCUAGAAAUUGUCCAAUUUCAGUAUUGUUCAGUUCUUCAGAUAUCAUCAUGAGUAUGUCAAGAGAGCAGCCCUUAUGUCGGGAAGACUCAGAGGAGCUCUCCAGGGCCCUUGCAGCAGGAGAGUGGUGGGCUAUUGUGGAGGUUGAAAUACCCAUCUCUGAGUUGCCCGAGUUUGGGAACUUCACCUGGUGUGGACCACUGGAGGUAGAAGAAGCAGAAGCUCCUGUGCCCACCAGGACUCCACUAGGAUCGCCAGUGCCAAAGUCCCAGGAUUGGCGGAAUCGUCAUUUGUCUGAGACUGUCAAGCCGGAGCGACAGCAUCCACAGGAAGGACCAGCAGCUGUUGAGUCCCCGCAGCAUGCUCCUGUGCCCACUUGGUUUUCUCCUGGAUCAACUGUGCUGAAGUCCCAGGAUUGGCGGAAUCGUCAUGUCUCUGAGACGCUCAAGCCGGAGCGGCAGCAUCCACAGGAAGGACCAGCGGCUGUUGAGUCCCCGCAGCAUGCUCCUGUGCCCACUUGGUUUUCUCCAGGAUCAACUGUGCUGAAGUCCCAGGAUUGGCGGAAUCGUCAUGUCUCUGAGCCUCAGCCGGAGCGGCAGCAUCCACAGCAGAGUAAGUGGAUGCAGAAAAGGGUACAGAAAGCACCAGCGGCUGAAUCCUCACAGCAAGCCCAUGUGCCCACUGGGUCUCCACCAAAACCGCCUCUGCCCUUGGCCCCAAAGAUCUCAAAAGGUGCGCUUGUGAAUUCGGGGACCUCACAGGGAUCACUUGUGCCUUCAGUUUCCCCCAAACUGGGAGAAAGCCUCAGGAUCCCUAAACAGCCGUGGCAGAAGCAGAGGGAGGAGAAUAUCCCAAAGGGAGCAUCAGUUCUCUAUUCAAAUCCUGUUAUAUAUUAUUUAAAAACUUUAGAAAGAAAUGUUUAG